AUGGAAGAAAACGUUCUCUUGGACGAACUCUCUCCAAACAAUCAUCACAAACAAGAAGAAGAGAUUGAAGCAACUGCUACUAUUCCUCCGAUUAUUAGCAAUCACGAAGAGGACAUUCAUCAUCAAUUAAUUGUGAAAAAAUCAAGCAAUGCUAAUAAUAUUACUAAUUUAGAUCAUGAUUCCUUGGAGAAUAUAUUAUCAUAUUGUCCCAAUAGGGCAAGUUAUGAAAUGCAAUCGCUCAAGGCAUGCUGCAGAACGUGGAAUUCACUAAUGGAAGGUUCGGGAAUCAUGGAUAAUCCCUCAACGAAGGAAUCAAUAUCGAAAAGUGUCAAGGAAUCGAUUAGAAGUACAUCAUUAUUGCAUAGAAUUGAAGAAGCAUACAUGCCACGAUUGUUCUUUCAUAUUUUCGUUCCAUUUCAAGAUGCACCAAAAGUAUUUGUAUCAGAUUUCACUCAGGAGGAUAUUCUGGAAGAUAGAAAGCCAUCUGUUGUGGAGUUUUACUGUCGUGCUUUUAAUACGAUAUUUGGCAGUUCAUUUAGAAAGAUAUCUGAUUCGGAAAUUGAGAUUGAUUUUGAGAUGGGAAGUGAAUUGUUGGAAGAUAUGGAGAAGGUGAUACAUAGGGAGGUUGCCGUUCCAAAGAACGAGAACUUGUAUAGUUAUUUGGCAACAGUUAAUGCUAGACCAUCAGAUGAGGAAGCUUACAAGCUAUUUCAUGUGGUGAAAAAUGCAGAGGAUCAGGAGAAAAAGCUUAAGAAACAUAUUUCAUUAAUUAAUUUAUAUGAAAAUUGGAAAUCUCAACCGUUCAUGGAUAAAGAUAUGAAGGUAAAUCCAUGUAGAUUGACUAAAAAAGUGAUACUCCAUUUGAGAUUUGAGGAUUCAAAUGGACCAGAUCGAUCAGACAGAAUUAGCACAGAAUCAACCAUAUUCUGUACUAAGAGGAGAAGGAAAGGUUUUUUCAUUUCAGAGACAGUACGAGAUGAAAUUAAUUUGUACGUGGGAUCUAUAUGCAAUGAACACAGGAAAUUAUACAAGUUUAUGAGUCAUAUUGAAACUUACCGAAACAACUCUCUUAUAAUUGCAUACUACUUAUUAAGACACAAGAUAAUACCAAGAAUGGACGAAUUCUCAAUAGACUUGACGCAAUUAUAUUCCAAAAGUAUUGUAAAUGAUAUCAAACUAAUGGACAGAGAAGACGUUUACUAUUACCUUACAGUUCGAAACAAUAUUAUCAAGAAAUACAGGGAUGGACUUUUGAGAGGUAGUGUUAAAUUUCCUCAUCUCAACACACAUAGAUAUUUUAAAAUUAAUGGAGGUAUAAUUCCUGAAUUUCUCAUCUAUGCCUCAUUAGAAACAAUGAAUGAUAAGCAGAGAGUACAAUUCAUCAAACAGUUUUUCAAGCACAUUUACAAUUCUGAUUUAUUACUAUCCGAUGAAAAGAGGCAAGAAUUCUUUGAGAAAUUCAAAAUUGAUCAUAGAAAUGAAUUAUUUUCCAUAGCGAACGAUUCUGAGUCAAUUAAGGUUGAUUUUGAAAAGAUUACAUUCAAAAGAGAGCGAGCAAUUUUUGAUCAUCACCUUUUUAGUUUCCCCUCUUUUCCAAGUGUUUUAAUAGGGCAAGUUAAGGAAGAUACAUCUCCAAAUGAAAAUAUGACUGAAUUAACUGCAGUUGGUGUGAUGGAUAGUAAUUAUAGAAGAUUGUGUUGCCUAAGUAGGAUUUGUGCUUUGUGUAAUUGUUGUGCAAUUACCUCAUGUUGGUGUGCAACUUGUUGCUGCUGCUACUCUAAUGAAGCUGAAGGCCAAGAAGGAGGGAAUAAUCCUUUAGGAUUGCCUAAAUGGUUACUAUGUAUUGCUCAAUGUUUUUGUCGCUUUGAACACAAAUUCAUUCCAAUGCUCGAUUGUGACAAUUGUUUUCAUCAAUGUGUAGCUUUAAAGAAGGGAGAUGAAUUGAAAAGUGAAUUCAAGAGGAUGUAUCCAUGA